ACAGCACCAAGAUCAAGCUUGGGAUCUUUUCGGGUGAAGAAAUGGAGCGCAUGGCCACGCUGCGGUGUGUGAACUUUCCACUUUUUGAGCCUGGAGCAGGCGGCAAAGCACUGCCCUUCGGUGUCCUGGAUCAGCGUCUGGGGGCGGCGAACAAGGGAUCGUACUGUGACACGUGCUUUCUCGGCCGCGAGGAGUGUCCCGGUCACUAUGGAUUGGUGCGCUUGGAGUUGCCCGUGUUCCACUCCGGAUACUUCAAGUUCAUCAUACAGAUCUUACAGAUGAUCUGUAAAGACUGCUCAGCGGUGUUGCUAGACCCCAUGGAGAAGCUACGCAUGCUCAAACGGUCCCGUAAUCCGGAUUUAGAUCGCUUACAACGCGGUGCCGUGUACAAAGCAGUUUUGGAAAUGACCAAAAAGAAGAAAAAGUGUCCCUAUUGUGGGGCUACAAACGGAACAGUUCGCAAAAUCCCGCCCCUAAAUAUUGUCCACAACAAGUACCCGCCCCAAAAAGUGGGUGCCAAGGCAGGCCCUGACCCAAAUUAUGUGGCGUUUCAGAAGUCGUUUGAGCAUGCGGUCUCGGGCAAUAAUGAACUGAGCCCACUCAUCAAGAACGCACAGGACGAUUUAACGCCCUUGCGAGUGCUCGAACUCUUUAAGGCUAUAUCAGGUGAGGAUUGUGACCUGAUCUGGAUGGACAGUGUAGGCGGGCGCCCAGAACGAAUAGUACUCACACAUCUGUUGGUACCACCGACUAUUAUCAGACCAGGUGUGCCGAUGUUGGGCGGAGGCGGCAGCACAGAGGACGACCUCACCAUGAAGCUAGCGGAUAUGAUCCGCAUGAACGGCUUCAUCAAAACCAAACUCGAAACCGGCGACAAAAUCAACGGUAUCGAGGAUCUAUGGGAAGUGCUGCAGAUGUACAUGGCCAUGUAUUUGGACGGAGACAUCCCGCAGAUGUCGGCCCAGAUGAAGAAGACGCUACAGAUAGACAAGCCUAUUCGUGGGUUUGCCCAACGAUUAAAGGGGAAGAAGGGGCGAUUCCGUGGCAAUCUCUCGGGGAAGCGUGUGAACUUCACCGCACGAACGGUCAUCUCGCCCGAUCCCAACCUGCGCAUUGAUCAGGU